GCAUAGCCUUGCAAAAGGUACGGAAUACAUUUUUGUUUAGUACAUUCUUAUUCUAUCGAUUAUUUAUUAGUUACAUACCAUCAGACUUCCAAGAUCUCAAGUCGUAAUUGACUACAAAUCCUAACUGCUAACAUUAAAUCUAUUUGAUUAGUUUCACUAUGUCGUCCGUAGGGCCUCAAUUGCCACCGCACCUUUCUAAGCGCAAGCGUACUCCAGAAGACGAAUCAGCAGAUUCUCCUGCCGCAAAGCUACGAGCUACAGAAGGAGCGCAAACCAACCAGGACGAAAUAGAUCUCGACAGCGAUGAUGAUGAUGAUGAUGGCUAUGGUCCACCUGCUCCUCAGCCAGCAGCAAAAACAUCUAUAGGGCCUACCUUACCGCCCUCAAACACAGACGAGAUCAAAUUAGACGACAGCGACGACGAUGACACCGGUCCAUCUGCUCCACCGCCACCUACGAAUACUCGACCAUCUAUAGGACCUACUCUCCCGCCCGCAAACAAAGAUGAAAUCCAAUUAGAAGACAAAAACAACUCUUUCGACGACGAGGCCGCACCAGCACCACCUCCAGCCCCCCCAUCCGCAAAACGCGUCCACGGCCCCGCGCCUCCACCCGCCCCCCUCUCCGAGCGACCAACCACAUCCGCCAACUCAGACUCAGACUCAGACUCGGACGACGACGAUGACUACGGCCCCGCCCUCCCAACAUCAAUCUCCCACAUCCAACGCCAAACCCAAGCCCGCGCCGCCGAAGAAGCCGCUCGCGCAGCCGAAGCAGCCGCCGGCCCCCAGCGCGACGACUGGAUGCUCGCGCCCCCAACCGCCAGCGGAUACCGCGCGCCAGACCCAACCAAGCUCAAAAACCGCCGUUUCGCAAGCGGUCCGCGAGCGGCGUCCAGCGCCGCCGCGCCCGGCAGCGAAAUCAGCAGCAUAUGGACCGAGACUCCCGAGCAGAAGCGCAAGCGCCUCGAGAACGCCGUCCUAGGGCGCAGCGACGACACCACGCAGGCGCGGACCACGAGCAGCAGCGGCGCCGCCCGAGGUGCGGGUAGUACAGCCGCCGCAGACGCUCCCCUAUCGAAAGAAGCCCAAGAGCAGCAGGACCGCGUCCGCAGCUACACCGAGGCGACGCGCGGCCGCAGCCUGUACGAGGAACACCAGUCGUCGCGGCAAGGGCGCAAAUUACAGGCCGACGAGGAGGAAGACGAUCCGAGCAAGCGCGCCUUCGACCGCGAGAAAGAUAUGAAGCUCGGUGGGCGCAUCGGCACCGCGCAGCGCCGGGAGUUGCUGAAUCGCGCUGCGGAUUUCGGCGGGAGGUUUGCGAAGGGGAAGUACCUCUAGGGGGGUUUGGUGGUUGUCUGCACAUGAUUGGGUAUAGAGUAUAGGUUUGAAUUAAGGGAAGUGCCUGAAGUAAGAAGUGAAGGGGAUAGAAGAUGGAGAAUAGGGAUAUAUUUAAGUCAAAUUAUGAAGAUACCCAUAUCCACGAACUAAGGGGCUGAGGGCAACAAGAUCUUUCAUGUAUAGAAUUGCAUCUAAGCCAAGCUUAUACUAUAAAGAGUAUGAUACAACAAUGCACUCGAGGCCUGAUCUGCCACGAAUCAAAAUAUGAAUAUGAAUAUAAUCCAUUCAUCGCAAUCUGCUUUCUAGCAUUGCUCUCUUCCUAGCUUGCGUAUUUGCUAGCUAACAGAGGUAGAUAGGUACAUACAAGGCUCACGCAGGGAGUCCUCCUAUUUCGACAACACUCCCACCUCUCCUUUACUCCUUUGGCUCCGGGGAACACUGAAAAAAAGAGAAUAGCAAACCCU